GAAGCGUACUGAAAGGGUUAAUUUAGUUCCGCUGCCUGGUGAUCCUGUUGCCCUCUAGCGAGUGUUGUGCUUUUCCUUCCCCGCUCUCUGCAGCAGAAAGGGAUCUCACAUUACUCCCAACCAGACUGCCUGCAACAGAAAACCGGGAGCUGCUAUAGCCUGCUCCGUUUGUCUCUUUCAAAAAGCAAGGAAAGACCCCUCUUUGAUUCUGAAGUCUCUCUUAGGCGAUGGCUGUAUUUAAAACGGAUUUAAAAAGAACUGGGGAAGGGAUCACCGAGAAGUUUGUAGGGAAAUGCCUAGGCAAUGAUCUGCAGUGAUAGCACCAAGUUUGUGUCUCCUCCUGAAGUCUGCACCUUGCUUCAGCAGCCACAAGCAGAUAACCACCCAACAAACUCUUCUACAAAAUCUGCAAGGAAAUCCAGAACUUAGGGGGGGAAAUACAAAACGAAAACCGCUCAAGCGGAUGAUUGGGUGCUCCGACGCAAAACCCACAACUUGUCUGCAAUGGUGACAUGAAAAGGCCCGGUGUGCUGAAUUUCCGAAUUUUUAACAGUUGUUUUUAUUGAGUUUUUAUUUUUUAAAAGACGAGGCUUUCUCGAAGGAAAAAAAAAAAUGCAUUUGUGCGGGAGAGCGCGGCGGGCUUUUCGACAGCCCACACUGCAGAUGAGCCUGCUGCUGCUCUUCGCCUUCUGCAUGGUUAGCGUCUUCAUCUCCGCCUACUUCCUGUGCGGCGUGAAGCGGGAGUUGGAGCCAGCCGGAGACGUGCCGGCCCCGGACUGCGAUGACCCCAAGGUGACCCCAUCACGCUUGCUCCCCCUCAAGACCCUCAAGCAAGUGGACUCCUCUCGGACAGAUCCUGUGGUGUUGGUGUUUGUGGAGAGCCUGUACUCCCAGCUGGGCCAGGAGAUUGUGGCUAUCCUCGAGUCCAGCAGGUUUAAAUACCAGACAGAGAUUGCGCCUGGAAAGGGCGACAUGCCUACCCUCACAGACACAGACAGAGGCAGAUUUGCCCUCAUCAUAUACGAAAACAUCCUCAAGUACGUGAACCUGGACGCCUGGAACAGAGAACUACUGGACAAGUACUGUGUGGAGUAUGGUGUUGGAAUCAUUGGCUUCUUUAAGGCAAACGAGAACAGUUUGCUGAGUGCCCAGCUGAAAGGUUUCCCACUGUUUCUGCACUCAAACCUGGGGCUGAAGGACUGCAGCGUGAACCCCAAGUCCCCGCUGCUGUACAUCACCAAGGCCAACGAGGUGGAGCGGGGGAUCCUUCCGGGUGACGACUGGACCGUCUUUCAGUCCAACCACUCCACCUACGAGCCAGUACUGUUGGCCAAAACCAAGUCUGCGGAGAGCAUCCCUCAGCUGGGUGUGAGCGCGGCGCUGCACACCUCCGUGGUGCAGGACCUGGGCCUCCACGACGGCAUCCAGCGCGUCCUCUUCGGGAACAACCUCAACUUCUGGCUGCACAAGCUGGUCUUCGUGGAUGCCGUGUCCUUCCUGACGGGCAAGAGGCUGUCUCUGUCCCUCGACCGCUACAUCCUCGUCGACGUCGAUGACAUCUUCGUAGGCAAGGAGGGCACGCGCAUGAAGGUCGAAGACGUCAAGGCUCUGCUGGAGACUCAGAAUGAUCUUCGAGCCCAUGUUCCAAAUUUCACUUUCAAUCUGGGAUUCUCAGGGAAAUUCUUUCACACAGGUACAGAUGAGGAGGAUCAGGGGGAUGACCUGUUGCUGUCAUACGUGGAGGAGUUCUGGUGGUUCCCUCACAUGUGGAGCCAUAUGCAGCCACAUCUAUUCCACAACCAAACUGUACUGGCAGAACAGAUGAUGCUCAACAGAAAAUUUGCAACUGAACAUGGCAUUCCUACCAACAUGGGCUAUGCAGUUGCCCCCCACCACUCUGGAGUGUACCCUGUGCAUGUUCAGCUGUACGAAGCCUGGAAGAAUGUGUGGGGCAUCAAGGUGACCAGCACAGAGGAGUACCCUCAUCUGAAGCCUGCCCGCUAUCGAAGGGGCUUCAUACACUCCGGGAUCAGUGUUCUUCCACGGCAGACCUGCGGCUUGUUCACACACACCAUCUUCUAUAACGAGUACCCGGGGAGUCCCAAGGAGCUUGAUAAAAUCAUCAACGGAGGGGAACUCUUCCUCACUGUCCUGCUCAACCCAAUCAGUAUUUUCAUGACCCACCUGUCAAACUAUGGCAAUGACCGGCUUGGGCUGUACACCUUCAAGAACCUCAUCAAGUUCAUCCAGUCGUGGACCAACUUGAAGCUGCAGACCCUGCCACCCAUCCAGCUGGCACAGAGAUACUUCCAGAUCUUUCCAGAGGAGAGGGAUUCGCUCUGGCAGGAUCCAUGCGAAGACAAAAGGCACAAAGAUAUCUGGUCGAAAGAGAAGACUUGUGACAGGUUUCCCAAGCUGCUCAUCAUUGGCCCACAGAAAACAGGUACAACAGCACUAUAUCUGUUCUUGGGAAUGCACCCGGACCUAACCAGUAAUUACCCAAGCAGGGAAACCUUUGAAGAGAUCCAGUUCUUCAAUGGGAACAACUAUCACAAGGGGAUUGACUGGUACAUGGAGUACUUUCCCACUCCUUCCAAUGCCAGCUCAGAUUUCUACUUUGAAAAAAGUGCCAACUACUUUGACUCAGAGCUGGCAGGGAAGCGGGCAGCUGCUCUCUUGCCCAAGGCCAAAAUCCUCACGAUUCUCAUCAACCCUGCAGACCGGGCAUACUCCUGGUACCAGCACCAACGUGCUCACGAUGACCCUGUGGCUCUGAAGUAUACUUUUCACGAGGUGAUCACGGCCAGGCCCGAUGCCCCAGUCAAGCUCCGUAUCCUACAGAACCGCUGCUUGGUACCGGGCUGGUACGCUACCCACAUUGAACGCUGGCUCAAAUAUUACCAUUCGAACCAGAUCUUGGUGCUCGAUGGGCAGCUUCUUCGAACUGAACCAGCUUUCGUCAUGGAGAAAGUACAGAAGUUUCUAGCUCUAACAAACAUCACAAACUACCACAAAAUCCUGGCGUUUGAUCCAAAGAAAGGGUUCUGGUGCCAGCUUGUGGAAGGAGGGAAGACAAAAUGUCUGGGGAAGAGUAAAGGAAGGAAGUAUCCUGAAAUGGAUUCUGAUUCCAGAGCCUUCAUGCAAGACUAUUACAGAGAGCACAACAUUGAGCUGUCAAAGCUGCUGCAUAAGUCAGGACAGUCUUUGCCCACCUGGCUGCGAGAGGAGCUGCAGAAUACCAGGUAGCGAGGACAGUAGAGACGGGAGCAAGAAUCGAGAGAAACGGGUACCAGCCAGCUGCGAAAUACACGUACACAGAGGACUGAGGAAACUAGAAGGAAAAAUAAUACUUAUUUUUUUCAAAGAAAGCAAGCAGCUUGGAGAGGAACUGUAUUGAGAACCUUGAGGAGAAAACAAGCGAUCAGUUAUCAAACUGUGGACCUGGCUGCAUUUCUACUGUUGUAGAGCUGUAGUCCUCUGUCCUUAUUGCUCUGGCUCUAAAGUAGCAUUGGCUGUAACUAAUGACAGCUGCCUUAGAAGAGGAAUGGACCAGAGGAGGAGGGUAAAGCUGAGACUGAAGUCUGGUUGAUCGCUGCAUACUGCAGUCAGUGGUAUAACAAAUAUUACCGGUGAGUGCCAGUGACGUCCAGCCAUAUUAGACUAGCCAGUAAGAACUACAAGUGCCAGGAUGUGCAUUCCCGGUUAAUGUCGUCAGUACCAGUUGUUGUUUUUCCUUCCUUGUUUUUGUUUAGUUUUUUUAAAGCCAUCAUCAAUGUGUUUUAACUCUCAUAGCCAGUAGGAAUACAGGUAAUGUACAGUAUUUGGGUAACUGCAUCAUGGAGAUUUGUAACUGGCUUUUUAAAAAUGUUAUUUUAUCAGACCUAGAAAAGUUCAUUACUGCAGCACAACAGGAAAUGAAAUCAGAAGAUGUUGGGAUUUGUUUUUAAAAUGUUCGUUUUAUUCUACAGUAUUAAAUAACAAUGUGGACAUGCUUGUGAGCAGAGAUAUUGCAAAAGAGAGCAGGUAGGCAAGGUUAGGCCAAAAGCACCAUUAACUAGUUUCCUGUUUGCCACAAAAUGCUGCUUUGCGAAGAAAAAAUGUGAUAUGGCUAUUAAAACACAAGCCUGUAUUUGUCCAGCUUGAUCCACUGAAAGAGAUUGGAGGAGAAUGUAAACUGGGUUGAUUUUCAUUCAGCAGUCUAAGCAACUUCAGUUGCAAUGCAGUUAAUGUCUUUAGUUCCAGCUGACUGACUGACUGUGUUUUACCAUGUAUGCGCCAGCAGUGUUAAAUGUUUGUAACAUCCCGUGAAAUGAUGCAUUGUUACAAUAACAGGACAGGCAUUCAAAUGCUAAUAGAAGAAUGUAGGCAAGUUACUCCUACAAAGCAGUGGGAGAGAAAGAGGAGAGAUACAAACAGCUGUGAGUUAUCCAUUUGUGGCAAUUGGAUAUAAUGAUGCCGUUUAGCACCAAAUGUGAGAUUUGCAAUGAGGAAUAAAAAAAAAUAAUAAUAAUUAUUAAACCUUUUUAAAGCCAAUUUCAAUGUUGUUCCAGUAUUGCUAUUAAGUCAUCCAUUUCAUUAAUCAUGCUGUACUGUGAUCACGCAGCAUUACCCCCCAAGCCCUAAUCACGCUUUCUGUCUUUCUGGUCCAUUGAGAAGGCAAUCUCGUUUGUCUGAAUGACCAGAUAUACACGACCUGAGAUCAUGUCUAAGGAGUGUGAUAGACCUGAUCAGGGAAACACAAAUAUAGAAGUCGUUCCUCUGUGGUCACAGAAAGGGCACACAAUACAAGCAGCGACGUAUGGGUCUUCAACUGAGGAAGUUAACUAUCCUGUGCAGCUUCAGUGGGGAUGUAUAGUUUGUGAACUGGUCAAAAUAAAAGAUGAGGAAUGCUGCUUCAGAGCCAGAGGAUCCCAGCAGCAGCCCUAGAUUUACCUUCAGAUUCUCUUACGGAACCUUGAGUUUCUUAAGGUCAGAAAUGUUCAUGGAAUCUCAGAACUCAAGUUUAGUGAGUGCCACAAGGGUUAGGAUUCGUUACUAAGGGCUAAAGCCAUAAUCCACCACAUGGUGUAGUAUUAAGGGGGUCCCCAUGGUAGUAUUUACUUGGAAACACACAUACACAGUAUAUUGUUUCCUCAGUUCAUUUCAAUAAUUGAUCUUUUGUUCUGUUUUUGCAGUAACAGUAAGUGACAGAUAUGUUGUUCUUGACCUGAAUUUAAUCAAAGUUUUAAAGCAUCACAGUAACUGUUAAUUUGUUUUGUCAUGUAUCUGAGUUUUAAUAACUGCGUUGGGUGGAUAUUUAUACUGCAGAUUGAGUCAGAAGGACGUUAUACAGACAGGUCAAAAGGAAACCCGCACUAUUAAAUACCAGGCAUAAGAAAAAGCUUUAGUUGGUUUCAUGCAAGAUCGAAAGUGCCUUGUGCAAGAGCAGUGCAUUUAAACGUCACGUCAUUGUGCAUAGUUACCAAGAAGCAUCAAUACGAUCCCAAAGUGCAAGCCAUAUCUAUCCACUAAUGGAUCUUCUGAUUGGUGCACAUUCUGAAGCUUGUAGUGGCAAGUAAUGAGUUUCUACUAUAAUUCUUUUUUUUAUUAUCGAACGCAAUGUUCUGUGACAAGGUCGUUUUUGGUGUACUGCUGUGAACAGUGGUGCACCAAAGCCAGGAAUUUAAAUGGCACCUUGGUAAUUCUUGCCAAGAUUUCCUCCAAAUGUUUCUGCAAAGCCAUUUAAAUGUGUUUAGCUGUGCUAAAUUCCCUUGGUUUCUGUCUCCUCACACUUAGGGUAAGCUCUGCUCUGCUAAUUUAGGUCAUUGCUUCCCCACAGUUAAGAGGAAAUUGCUCUGCAGAGUGCUGUGCCUUUCCGUCUAAUUCUCUGUUCCGAGAAACAAUUGUGAUUCACUUUGCAAUGAGCAGACGAAUGACAGCCUAGGUACCAUCCUUUGAACUGCAGGUUUUGCUUUAUUGGGUGGGUUUGUUUCCUUCCCACCAAAACAGAGAGAUUGUAUUAAAUAAUUAGGUACUGACAAAACUCCAUUAAAUGUAGGUAUGGUACACGCUAUAUUAACUUCCCACAUUUCAAUUCUAAUUAUGAAAAUUCAGGAUGGUAGGAAUGUAAACCUGUUCAGGUUUGUUUAGCCCACAUAUUAUUAAUAUGGGCUUUAUUAUUUAUAUUAUUAUUUAGCUUAACUCAAGAAAAUGAAAUAUUAAUAUUGAAGUCUUGACAAAAUCAAACCACGUUAUUUUUAAAAUCAGACCAUGUUUAUUGGAUAUUUUAUAUGGUUAUUGCAAUUACAUCAGCACAUUUCUACAGGGGAUGGGGGGCAUGACAAGGAUCUGGACAAGGUUUUGCCAAAAACAACUAAAUAUAAAUAUCCACUUAACUGUAUGUUGCGAGCAUAUUUUAAACAAGAUGUUCUAUAUUGUGUGAAGUCAUCUGUUGUAAUGUGGAAAAACUAUUUCAGUUGUAGUGUUAAUCUAAGUGAUGGAUAAUGCUGUGACUCUCCCACUGUACUACAAAAGUUAGUUUCAGCCAGUUGUGUUCGCUUUUGGCUUUAUUGGAAAUAAAGCAUUUCUAUUUUGGAGGUACGCUUUUACGCAAAUAUAUAUUUGAGGCAGAUUGUGCUCUCUCUCUCUCUCUCUCUCUCUCUCGCUCUCUCUCGCUCUCUCUCGCUCUCUCUCUCUCUCUCGCUCUCUCUCUCGCUCUCUCUCUCUCUCUCUCUCUCUCUCUCGCUCUCUCUCUCUCUCUCGCUCUCUCUCUCUCUCUCGCUCUCUCUCUCUCUCUCUCUCUCUCUCUCUCUCUCUCUCUCUCUCUCUCUCUCUCUCUCUCUCUCUCUCUCUCUCUCUCUCGCUCUCUCUCUCUCUCUCUCUCUCUCUCUCUCUCUCUCUCUCUCUCUCUAUUUUAUAGACACACGCACUAGAGUUGGAUUCUACUGGGAAUGUAUUUAUUAGCAGCCCAGCAUUGCUGUGUGUUUUGCACCCUAACAAAAUUGGAUCAAACUGACCCUUGAAAACAAAGCUGUGCAUCUCUCAGAAGCUGAAAGAGCACUUUCCUAAUGUACUUGCCUGUCUCUUUUUAAAGUCGCAUUACCCCCUCUCCUCCUUUCUAGCUCUGAGUUUGUAAUAAGUAAUCCUGUUUAAUUCAUUGUGGUCCAUCUCUGUUCAAAUACUUAAACUGUGAAGCAUUCUGCAUGUUCUACAGAUAUGUGUGUUUAAUUGGAUUCAAUGCAACACAAAGUUCAAAAAAGUGAAUCUUGGCACAAAGAGCCUUAAGCAUGUGUAGAGUGCUAAGAAAAUGAACUACAUUCCAUGGCAGAUGGUGCAUAACUACUGUACUGCUACUGCUAUUACUACUAAUACAUUCUAUUUUGUACUUCUUUUGGUGGGCUGAAAGAGGAUGAAUCACUUUCUCAGCAAAAUGUUGUUCAGGCAGUCUUGUACCAGGUAGGGAUGUUUAAACCCCUUUAUUGUAUUAUCAGACUUCACUGUAAAUACACAUUCUUAUAUGCAGUAUGUAAGUUCCUGUUAUCCGGUGUCUAAUUUAUACCUCAUUAUCCCUCCCUGUCGUUAAUCAGUGUCUUUUUGACUUCUCCAAGCAGCAUCUUGUGCUUUGUACUGCUGAUGAAGCAACCAACAAAAACAGCUUUCUUAUUGUUCAACAGUAUAUGCCGACCAUUGUGCAGUACAGUACCACUGUGUGCAGUGCAGCACCACUGUGUGCAGUGCAGUGGCAAACAACUCUGUACCAGGAGUCGCUUUCUGCAGUAGCAGUGACAAUAGGGAAAGGGUUUAAUGCAAACUGUUUGUAUUAAGAGUUCUUGCUAAAGGAAAAAAUCCACUAUGUAUAAAGAUACUCAAUUUAGUGAUGUGAAACAAAUAAAGACCAGACGGUCUGAGAAAACGGUAUUACCACUACAGAACAACACUUGUUAUAACAGCUGCUCAUUUCAGGUUUAAAAAUAAAGAAAUACUUUUUUUUUUUUUAAAGCUGUUUUCGUGAUUCUGCAUGGUGAAACCAUUUCAAUUAUUAAACACAUCAACUGGUGGUGCUGUGCUGCUUUAAUGUGCUUUAACCCUUCGAAAUAUGCUGGGGUUGGGGAGGUCUACCUGCAGCUUAGCAGGCUAUCCUUGAAUGCAUCUUAAAAGUUAGAACAGGACAAUUAACAUUGUAAAUGCGUAUGUCAGUUGUAUUUAUUUUGUAAAUUAUUUGAACUCAAUAAUGUUAUGUAACCGAGUUUUCACUAUUAUUGGGGGGGGGGGGGGGGGGGGCUGUACAGCAACAGCAUUCUAGGGGUUAAAGGACAGCAGGGUGUACAUUUUAGAUUAACUCUGAUUUAAUACAAAGGAGUAUUUGAGGUGUAGUGAAUUAAACAAUAGUUCAUGCAGAAAACCCACCUGCUGCAUCAUAGUUAUUACAUGCAGACAGUAUAGUUCUGAGCUGAAGCAGGUUCAGCAAAUGCUAGUUGGAAAGUUAUGGUACACCCUGUGGGAUCAUGCACAUGCAUAUGCUCUUACUAUUUAUUUCUCUGUCUGGCAGGAGAUUCCCACCUUUUGUUUUGGUCAUAAUCCAUGUGAACUGCACACUGCUAGCUGUGUUUUCUAUAUUUUAAAAGUCCUGUAUUUUUAAUGUUGAGUAUUGAAAAAUAUAUAUAUAUAAUAAUGAUGAUGAUAAUAAUAACCUGGACUGUACAAUAAAAGACUGUAAUUGUUAAUAUUUUUUAUUGUGUAACAUACUUUUGUGCUUUUAAUUACAAAUAAAAACACCACUUUUUUUUUUUUUUUGUGGACACUCAUCUGAGAACUGACUAAAGAGCCCAUGGAACAAUA